CCUAGCUGAACUCACGCACUACUCUAGCCAUGGAGUGGAACCCUCAAACUGUUGAAUACCUCUGCCAAUGCUUCCUCCAAACUGUUUCACCGGAACGGGAGUCUCGUUGCCGCACCGAAUCUCACCUAUCGGAAGCCGCUAACCAUUACAACUUUGGUCUCUUCAUUCUCCGCCUUGUUGCUGAACCAUCCAUCGACAACCAAAUCCGUCUAGCGGCCGCUGUCAGCUUCAAGAACCACCUACAACUUCGAUGGUUAUCCAAAGACAAUCCGAUCCUUGAAUCCGAGAAGGAGCAUAUCAAAACCCUAAUCGUGUCUCUCAUGCUUUCUGCAACUGCCAAAAUCCAAUCUCAGCUUAGCGAAGCCCUAGCUAUCAUUGGUGACCAUGACUUCCCGGAAUAUUGGCCUUCACUCCUCCCUGAACUCAUCUCAAACCUUCACAAAUCAUCGCAGGCUUCGGAUUAUGUCUCCAUUAACGGUAUUCUCACCACUGUUAAUUCAAUUUUCAGGAAAUUUUGUGUUAAUUGUAAAACCAAUUAUCUCUUGGAUGAUUUGAAAUAUUGUCUUGAUAAUUUCGCGGCUCCUUUGCUUGAAAUUUUCCUCAAGACUGCGUCAUUAAUUGAUGCCGCGGCAGUUGCAGUACCGGCACCAGCUGCCGCGAUCAUAAGGCCUCUUUUCGAGUCUCAGAAACUGUGCUGUUGGAUAUUUCACUCGCUGAAUUCGCAAGAGCUCCCUGAGUUCUUUGAGGAUCACAUGAAAGAAUGGAUGACUGAGUUCGGAAAAUACCUUACUAAUAGUUACCCUUUUCUUGAGGGGUGUGGACCUGAUGGUCUUGCUCUUGUAGACGAACUUAGGGUUGCUGUUUGUGAGAAUAUUAAUCUAUAUAUGGUAAAGUAUGAGGAGGAGUUUAAGGAACACUUGAGUGGUUUUGCACAAGAUGUGUGGAAUUUGUUAAGGAACGUGUCACAAUCGAGUGGUCGUGAUCAACUUGCUGUCACGGCUAUCAAGUUUUUAACCACAGUUAGCACAAGUGUUCACCAUGCUUUAUUCGCUGCUGAUGCGACUAUACUCCUGAUUUGCCAAGGCAUUGUGAUCCCAAAUGUUAUGUUGAGGGAAGACGAUGAAGAGCAGUUUGAGAUGGACCCUAUGGAGUAUAUUAGGAAGGAUAUGGAAGGUAGCGAUCUUGAUACACGGAGGAGGAUUGCUUGCGAUCUGCUUAAGGGGAUUGCCAUGCAUUAUGGACAUGCUGUAAGACAGAUUGUUUCUACGCAAAUACAGAGUUUGUUAAGUUCCUUUGCUGAAAACCCGGUGAAGAAUUGGAGGCACAAGGAUUGUGCCAUAUACUUGGUAAUCUCUCUUUCAACCAAGAUAGCUGGAACCGGUUAUGUCUCCAUAGGUCUAGUUGAUUUCCAAAGCUUUUUUGAAUUUGUCAUUGUCCCUGAGCUGCAAAGUUUGGAUGUGAAUGGGUAUUCAAUGCUUAAGGCAGGUGCACUCAAAUAUUUUACUAUGUUCCUGUCUCAAAUAUCAAAAGAUGUUGCAUUGAUGAUUUUAGGAGAUUUGGUUCGUUUCAUUAACGCGGAGUCAAACGUCGUUCAUUCUUAUGCUGCAAUCUGUAUUGAGAAACUCGUAUUGGUAAAAGAAGAGGGAGGUAGGCAAUGCUAUAGCUCGGCAGAUAUCGCCCCAAUUUUCCCAAUGCUGCUGAAUAAUCUUUUCGGUACCUUGAAGAACGCAGAAUCCGAUGAAAAUCAAUAUGUAAUGAAAUGUAUUUUGACAGUUCUUGGUGUUGAAGAUAUACCACUUGAUCAUUAUGCUCUAAUUUGCAUUGAGGGGUUGGGGUCACUUCUUUCUGAAGUUAGCAAAAAUCCAAGAAAUCCAAUCUUCAAUCAAUAUCUCUUUGAGUCGGUAGCCAUUCUUGUGAAGCGGGGUUCUGAGAGGGAUCCAUCUCUUGUGUCUGUUUUCGAAACAAGGCUCUUUCCUAGGUUUGAUAUAAUAUUGAAAAAUGGCGUAACUGAGUUUUUGCCGUACACAUUUCAGUUGCUUGCUCUGCUAGUUGGGUUAAACAGACCACCUAUCCCACCAAUAUACAUGCAGAUAUUUGAAUGUGUUUUAUCACCUCACUUUUGGAAAAGUUCCGCAAAUAUUCCUGCUCUCUUGCGUCUACUCCAAGUAUUCCUACAAAAGGCGCCUAAUGAGAUAAGCCAGGUGAAUGAACUGAACAAAUUACAAGUCAUCAGUGAAAAUGUUGAUCCUGCGAAUCAGGCAGCAUUUCUUCAACUUUGCAACACUUUCAUCUCUCAUUAG